GCAAGGCAUAUGCGCGUCCUAAUUGGCUGAUCUGGCGUGUUGGCCCCUCCCCGCGCGAAGAUUUGAAAAGGGCUUUGUGAAGGAAGGAAGGCGAGUGUCGAGAACGAACAGGAAAAACACAUUUAGAAAUGGCUCCCAGGAAAAGGACUACCAAGCAACGCAAGAAUAACCCCAAGACGGCAAAACUGGAAGCUUUUCUGGAGGAUUUUGACAGCGAGGUGAAGACUAGAGUUGGACAGCUGAAAGAGAAGAUAAACCAGCUGCUGAAAGAUGUUGACAACAGCUACAACAUGGCAAUAAUUAAGCUCCCCAAGGCUGUCAGACAAAUGAACUGGUUGGAGCAUUGGAAAUCUGAGAAACCACAAACACCAGAACUCGAUAGUGCAAAGAGAAAAGAGGAAGCUGCUCUUGUGGAAAGUGUCGUGGCUAAGGAUCAUACAUCUCUUCUAAAAACAAUUGAGAAAACAUCAAAGAAGAAAGGUGGGGCUACAUUGAGCUCUGAGGAUGAAAACGUCCCAAGCACAACAAAAAAGGGGAGAACUACCAGAAAGCCCCCGACUAAAACAAAGAGGGCAAAGGCGCUGUCGAUCAGCAAGCAGAGCUCCACCAUCAGACGAUCGAACAAGAACCCCCUGAUUACUCCUGCCAGAAGCUUGCUGGAUUCUUCUUUGAUGAUGGGACCCACUCCUCUUAUUACCCCCCGCUUUGACCCAAGGCUUCCCAAGACCCCCGCAGUGAGAGUUCCCCGCCACAAGGAGAGGGUCUAUAGCAUUUCAGUCAACGGCUCUCCCAUUGCAGCAGGAAAUGAGGAUAUUGUCAUCAAUGUUCCCGUUGGGAAUGGAGAGAGCAUUCAACUGCUGGCCAGUCAGAUGGACUCAGUGGAUCUGUCACUGCUGGACGAAACCGCCAUGAGGAGCAUUCGGCAGCUGCAGAAUCGACUCACAACAUUGUGUGGGACAUCAGAGUGACCAAACAGUCUCCUGCAGACUUGUACUAUACUUUUUUUUUUUUUUUAAAACACAAGUUUAUCUCUAUUGUAAAGCUUUCAUUCUUCUCCUACAAUGUGGCAUGUUUUUUUUCUUUUUCUUUUUCCUUUAUACAGAUUAUACUUUAACAAAUACUUUAGGAUACAGUGUAAGGUUAAUAUUUGUUGUGCUGGACACUGUUUUCUUGAGACCCUCCACAUUCACUGGAAUUAAUCUAUUAGUUAAAUUGUUCAUUUCAUUGUAUUCACAUUCUCCUAAAUUAUCCCUUUACUUUAAAAUGUAAUUUUAUGUAGUUUUAGAUGCUUUUUUGUUGCAGGGGAAAUUGGAUAGAUUUUAGUGCUAUUCCAGUCUUUUAUUCCUGGCCAGUCUGGAUUUAACGGAUCUUAAUAGGACUUGUAUGAUAAUGUCCAACAGAAACAUGCAGUAUGUGUUUAUCAGAUACAACUUUCUCUUCAUUCUUUUUUUUUUUUUUAAAGUACAUUUUCUGAUAUUAUUUGUGUGGUUUGUCAUUGCUGCAAUAACCCCCCCUCCAUGUUUCCAUCACUAACCUUGUAGUUACAUCAUUAGUGAAAAUAUAUACAUCGUGUACAUCGUGCACUCUGUCUUCA